GUUGUUAAGCCCUUUUGGCAGAACAUCAUGAGAGCUGUUCCUGGCUUUGGAUUUCUCUUGGUGUCGCAAGUCUUGGGGAAUACCAUUCAGUCUCGUGGACAACGCUUCCAAAGGAGGAUUGACGAUCGAUCGUCUCAAUUCUCGAACUUUUUGGACCGUGAUGAUCCGACCUCCAAUGUGCCAAUUCAAGACUUGCCACCCGCCGAUGAUGGCAUUGUAUGUCCCCCUGAGGACCAAGAUGACACUGGAACUACGAAAGUGACCCUGAUUAUUCCCAUAACCGAUGCAACCGGGUGUUACGAGUUUAAAACGCCAGACUUUGGCCCGGACAGCAGAUAUCCAAAUGCCUUAUACCAGGCCUAUGAGUGCACAUAUGAAAUACGGCUUCCUAACAAGGACCUGAGGCCCACAUUCUCGAUUUCAAAAGACGACUUCGAGCUUCAACAGGGCAAUACAGCUGGCACGACAUGUCCCUCAGAUAAUUUCAUUUUGAAGAACAUUGAUGAAACUGGAAUGUCUGAGGACGAUGUUAAGCCAUUCGAUAACAAUGUCCAAUAUUGUGACGAGCUUACAGGGGACAAGCUGUUCACAGUCAUUCCGGGAGAAAAUAAUGAUAACCGCUUCCAGAUCAUAUUUAAGGCCAAUAAAUUCACAAGAAGGAGGGGUGUCAGAGGAUUGUUAUGUUUUUAACCAAGUUACUUGAACAUACACAAAUAUCUGGACAUGAAACUUCUACAUUUUCGUCAAUUUUGGAUACAACCAUCGAAAAUUACGACUCAUCAUUAUGAACGCGGCUGUGCUCUGCGCCCUAAACAUCAAUGGAAUUGCACAGUGGGCCCCAAAACGUUGGUUCGAUGCUCAAGUUCAUAAAUUUCAAAUCUGAAUAUGCAAACAAUGCGGCAAUAAUUUGGACCAAACCACUUGAUUCGAAAGACCAAAGUUUCCGCCCAUUUUGACUAUUCUCCAACUGGGCAAGCCUCCCUUUUCAAACGAAUUAGUUUAAAAAUCGGAAACUUCAUCUAAGCGUCGUGUGCCAUCAUUUGACGUCGCCGUGUAAAAUUCUUCAUAUUAUCAUAAACUAUAUAUCUUAAAUGCCCUUCAGUUUUUGCAAACGCUUAGCAUUCUCUAGUGAUCUUAUUUUUGGUAAUGAUUAUUCAGGAUUGUCGUAUCUUGAUCUGAGGCCUGUUUAAUAAAGAAAUAUGGCGUA